AUGGAUCGGUAUCUGCUGCUGGUGGUCUGGGGGGAAGGAAAGUUCCCGUCGGCGGUCAGCGGGGAGACUGAGCGUGCACCAGAAGCGUCGUCGUUUGAGGGUACCGAGAAGCAGCCGGACUUCACAGCAGCAAAUGUUUAUCACCUCCUGAAAAGAACCAUUAGUACUUCAGUUAAUCCAGAUGAUAGUACUUUCCCUGCCUGUUCAGUGGGUGGUGUUCCUGGUUCCAAGAAGUGGUUCUUUGCAGUGCAGGCAAUCUGUGGAUUUUACCAGUUUUGUAGUUCUGAUUGGCAAGAGAUACAUUUUGAUGCAGAAAAAGAUAAGAUUGAAGCUGUUCUUCAAACAAAUAUUGAAGAAUGCUUGAGUGCUGUUGAGUGUUUUGAAGAAGAAGAUAGUAAUAGCAGGGAAUCCUUAUCCUUGGCUGAUCUAUAUGAAGAAUGUGCUGAAAAUUUGCAUCAGUUAUCAGACAAGCUUCCUGCACCUGGUAGAGCACUGAUAGACGUAAUACUAUUGCCCUCUGACAAAGAUCCUCUUCAGCUGAAAGACUGUUUACCUGCUGUAGGAGCAUUAAAACAUUUGAGGGAAUGGCAUUCAGCAAAAAUUACUGUAGUGGCACAACACUGUGAAAUAAAUUGUCAGAAAAUUGUAGAAUACCUUUCUGCUCAUGUUAUAUCUUUAGAAGAGCUCAGAAAUGCUAUUGACUCAAAGGAAUUAUGGAGGGGAAAGAUUCAGAUAUGGGAAAGAAAGUUUGGAUUUGAAAUUAGUUUUCCUGAGUUUUGUUUAAAGGGAGUAACACCUACAAAUUUUAAUACAUCCAAUUUAAAUAAUUGCUUUCUUGACAAAAAGACAAUACCAUUAAAGGAUAAGAAUAUUUUGCCAAAGGUUUUCCAUUACUAUGGCCCUGCUUUAGAAUUUGUUCAGAUGGUACAAUUAUCAGAUCUACCCUCCUGCUAUGUGUCAGACAUUGAAUUUGAGUUAGGAUUGACAGGAAAUAACAUCAAGCAGAAUUCCAUGUUGCUAUUGGAGCAGAUUUCUUCUCUGUGUGGCAAGGUUGGUGCUCUUUUUGUAUUGCCAUGCACAAUUAGUAACAUACUUAUUCCACCUCCCAACCAACUUAGUUCAAGAAAAUGGAAAGAAUAUAUUGCUAAAAAGCCUAAGACAAUCAGUGUUCCAGAUGUUGAAGUAAAAGGAGAGUAUUCUAGCUAUUAUCUCUUGGUACAAGGUAAUGGCAGUAGAAGAUGUAAAGCCACAAUGCUUCACUCGGCCAACCAAAUAAAUGGCUCCUUUGCCCUCACUUUAAUUCAUGGAAAGAUGAAAACAAAGACAGAAGAAGCCAAAUUGAGCUUCCCUUUUGACUUAUUAUCACUUCCAUGUUUUUCUGAGGAACAAGUUGUACAGAGAGAGAAACAGUUAGCUAAUGUGCAAGUUUGGGCUUUGAAACAAUGCCUGAAAAGGAGAAAGUUGGCAAAGCAGCCUGAAGCAAUUUCUGCUGAUGAACUUAAAAGUCUGUUAGUACUCACAAGGGAACGCUUUUUACAUCAUUUUGAUGCUCUUAUUCCUAAAACAGUUGUAAGACCAACUGACAAAAUUAAAACCUCCAAUAUGUUAAAUGCUGCCUGUCCAGUAAAAUCUGAUUCUUCAAAUCUAAUGGAAGCCAGUUCUCUGGAAUGGCCAGAAAGAUAUGUUCUUCACAACUUAGAAACUUUUGAAAAAGCUAAGCAAAAAAUGAGAACUGGUUCAUUACCUCGUUCAUCAGAACAGUUGCUGGGCCACAAAGAAGGUCCACGGGAUUCAAUCACAUUAUUGGAUGCUAAAGAAUUGCUGAAAUACUUCACCUCAGAUGGAUUCCCAGUGGGAGAUCUUCAGCCUUUACAGAUUCAAAAGGGGGAAAAGAGUUUUGUUUUGACACCAGAACUUAGUCCUGGGAAACUUCAGGUCUUACCUUUUGAAAAAGCCUCAGUAUGUCAUUAUCAUGGAAUUGAAUAUUGUUUAGAUGACCGAAAAUCUUUAGAACGAGAUGGGGGAUUUUCUGAACUUCAGUCUCGUCUUAUUCGUUAUGAAACUCAAACUACCUGCACCAGAGAAAGCUUUCCAGUCCCUACAGUGUUGAGCCCUCUUCCAUCUCCUGCAGUUCUGUCAGAGCCUGGGAGUGUUCCUGAUGGAGAAGCUUUGCAAAGUGAACUACGAACUGAGAUACCUCGGGUGAAACGGAGAUCUCAAGAUCUGAAUUGCCUUCAUCCCCCCAAAAGACCUGUGAAGUCUGUAAGUUCAGAUUCUCUUUCUCAAAUGAGUGGCAGUAGUAACCAUCACCAUCAUGUGGUGACAUCCAGAAAGCCACAGGCAGAGCGGUCAUCAUCAAUGACUGGUCCAUUGGUUCCAGUCCCUGCCUGUGAAACUCCAAAAGUCACUACAAAGGCCAGUUCUGUUCCAAAAAACGUGCAUACGUCGAAGACAUCAAAGCAUACUAAGGAAUCAAGAUCACAGAAACAUACACGGAUACUGAAAGAAGUAGUAACUGAAACCCUGAAGAAACACCGGAUCACAGAGGCUCAUGAGUGCUUCACAGCAUGCAGCCAGCGCCUCUUUGAAAUCUCCAAGGUCUAUCUAAAGGAUCUUAAAACUUCAAGGGGUCUAUUUCAAGAAAUGAAGAAGACAGCAAGCAACAAUGCUGUACAGGUGAUUGAAUGGGUAUUAGAAAAGACAAGCAAGAAAUGAUACAGAAUCAUUCUCGUUAGGACAAUUCAAGUUGGAUGGAGCUUCAUUCUUUUUUUCUGAAAAUUUAUAAACAUUUUAAACCAAAUUUUAAACUUUAUUCAAAGAACAGAUGUUACAUAUUUAAAGAACUUCAUAAGUAUCCUCUUACAGUUUGGAUGAUACUGAGUUAAUUAUCUUCAAUUAUGCACUUAUU